AUGGUGCCAACAGUUUUACUGAAUCCAUCUGACCCACAUUCAUUAUCACAAAGCAAACGCGCUCAAGAUAAAAUAAGUGACAUUGCGAAGUCAGAAAUCUUAUUGAGCCAUCAUUCUUCGGGAAGUAAACUCGAUGAGGCUUCUUGUUCACCAUUUCUUUGCAAUUCUGUUUCGCUCUUUUGGCAUCAAAAUUCUGGUUUUUAUCGCAAUAAGCUCGAAACUUGA